AGAUAAAUAUUUGAAAUCCUUAUUCUAUAAUUAGAUCUUCAUAUGUGAAUCUUUAUUCUAUUUUGUGCAUCUUAAAAAAGGAAAAUUUUUACUCUCUUAAGCUUUUAUUUUUAAUUGUAAAUAUGUAAGGUAUGAUUUUGAUCUUUAAUUUGUGCUAUUAGGUCAAGUUCAAGCAUAACCCCAAUAAUAUUAUACCUGACAAUGUUAAAUUUAAAUUGACCAGCUGCUUUAAAGUUGUAUGCACCUUGUACACUUAUAUUUCAACAAACAUUGUUAAACGUUCAUCAAAGUUUCGUUUUUUGCUGAUACAAAAAAGAAAUGAAGAAAAUAUUUAUCAUUUACAUAAUUCUUUGCUAUUAUUAAAUAUUAAGAAAAUUAUGGUGCUUUAUACAAAAGAAGUAAUGUGAAAUUGCAUGGAACUGAUAGUUACUGCUUUAAUAAAGUACUUUACAAAUAAAACAUUGGUAAGAAAUAUGUGUGCACGACUUUUAACAUGCCCUUUGUGCUCACAACCAGGUUUUUUAACACUGGAUGCAUUGCGAGCUGGGUUAAUAAGUGUAGCAACUCGACCUCUUGUGUGUCCUGUGUGCAACGAAGUGUUGCUUGGAAUUGAUAAACUUACUAUUCAUUUAUUUAGUCACACUAUUAAUUUAAACAACAAUAAUGUAACAGAAUUACCAAAACAUACCAAUGUUGUUAAUAACAGCCUUGAUUCGUCAGUAAUGCAUAGUCAACAAAAUACUACUUUUCAAGAUUGGAAUGUAUUAGAAACGCAAACUGCAGAUUCAAAUAAAUUGGAAAAUCAUAUCCAAAGCAAUUUAAAAUUUUCUAAAAAUUUACCAAGUACAAGAGACGAAGAUCCAAUUUUGAACUCAAAAGUUUGUAUUCAAAAUCAGAAUUCAUCGCUGAACCAUGCACCUCAAGUUACAUUUUUACCACAUCAAACAUCUGAGAACGAAGAAAUAAAUACAAUUCAUGAAAAUAAACAAAUAUCAAAGUCAGAGAAAGAAUCUCAACAGAUAUUACAAGAAACAUUAAAAUUAAAUUAUGGUACACAAUAUUAUGACAGUAACAAUAUUAAACACAUUAAUUUUUUGCACAAUUAUUCUGAAGUAGAGCAUGAAAAUACUGAAACCUUUAAAAACUGGAUACAGAAUCAAAAUUGUAAAGAACAAGUUUCUACAAAUGAAAAUUUAGAUAAAAGGGAGAGACCUAUAGAAAAUGAAGAAUCUUGUAAUAAUGAACAAACAACAACAAUGAAUAACUUUGGAACUGAUACAUCAGUUUGUAUUAAUAUGCCGUUAGAGAAAUAUAAUAAUUAUAAAAAUAUGCAAAAUAAUUCAUCUACCAUGUGUAAUAAAAGUGAGAAUGAAGGUCAUCAGAAUGAAGAAAUACUCCCUCAAUUAAAACUUUUUAAAACUCUAUCAACAAAAGAAAAGACUGAACGCUGUAAUAUAUGUGGAUUUCAUUUUCCUGAUCAUAAUAUUUUAGUUUUACAUAAACAAUUAAUACAUACGAUCAAUGAGAAAGAUUUAAAUAUUGUUCCUGAAAGUUUUCUGAAAAACUAUUCCUGUCACUUGUGUUCUAAAGUCUUUAAAAUGAAGGGUAGUCUGAUGGUACAUAUGAGAGUAGCACAUAUGGGAUACAAUUUGGGUUCAUUAGCUAAAGGUGGGAAAAUAGAAUUCAUACUUAAUGAAAAUAAAUACAGUUGUCCUACAUGUGGAAAACAAUUUAAAAAGGAACAACAUGUAAUGCAGCAUUUAAAAACACAUGAAGCGAAACAAUGGGAAUGUGAUGUAUGCAGUAAAAUGUUCACAACAAAGUAUUUUUUGAAAAAACAUAAAAGAUUACAUUCAGGAGAAAUGCCAUACAAAUGUAAUAUAUGCAACAAAACAUUCACUUUCCAACAAUCAUAUCAUAAACACAGGCUAUACCACAAAGAUGAUAAGCCACAUACAUGUACAACUUGUGGCAGAUCAUUUAAAGAAUUAUCUACUUUACACAACCAUGAACGGAUUCAUACUGGAGAGAAACCUUUUGAAUGUGAAACAUGUGUUAUCAUUAACAAUUUAACAUGGAUUGUUCUAUUUGUGCAAUGUAUGUAUAACAAUUCUGUGAUUACUGCUAUAUUUUUUAUAAAUACGCCUUAUGUUUGGAAAUUACUAAAUAUUACGAAUACAAACUAUACAUUAUAUGACAUGUAUUUAAGAAACAAGACAAAUGGAAAAUGUUUCCGUCAACGUGUUUCGUAUUUAGUUCAUCGUAGAAUUCACACUGGUGUAAUGCCUUAUAAAUGUACAACGUGUGGAAAAAGUUUCAGAUAUAAGGUAAGUCAAAGAACCCAUAAAUGUUCAUUACAACAGAUGACAAAUGUGAAUCAGAUUAAUAAUCCAGAUCAGCAAUCUGUAUGUAUAUCAAAUACACAAAAAAUAAGUAACGAUUCAUGUAAAAAUCUCCAAGAAAAUGUUUUAGAAAAAGAUCAAUCAAUAUUAAAUAUCACGAAUGAUGAAGAGAACAAGUACGUAUUGAUAAUAAACACUCAGGGUCAACAUCUCCUAACAAAAGAAUCAGAUAUAAAUAAAGCACAGAAUGCUUCUAACAAAGAACAAAAAUUUGACGAGUUUAUUGGAAUAAAUGAUAAAAGUGAAGAAACAAGGAAUACAUGGAAGUCUGAUAUUCCUAAUAGUCCUAUAUUUAAAAAAUCCGUUGAAACUUCUAAAAAUGUUGAAAAUCAUUCAAAAAAUGAGAAAUUACUUCAAGAUGAUACAAAUCACUUUUUCUCAAUGGUAAUGCCUCCGCUUGAAAAUGGAUUAUCUUCACCUACAACUGAAAUGGAACAUUUAAGAGUAUCAUCUCCUAUACAGAAGCAAGAUAUAUUCAAAUCUUACGACAAUUUUAGGUGUACAACACAUGAAAUAGAAAUGAAUUUAAUUAAUACAAAUUUGGAACAAAAUUUUGGUAAUACUGGCAAUGAUACAAAUAAUUUACAAACUAUUAACGAAGAAUCUUUAAAACAAUUAUUGUAUAGUAUUAAUGAAAAGUAAUUAUUUAUGUUCUGUAAGAGUUAUAUUACUCUGAUAGAUUUAAUAACUUAUAUUAAUGUAAACAUAACAUAGCGAGCUCUUUAAAUAAAUAUUAACUGUUCCUUACUAUA